AUGAUCUUAAACCUCUUAAUAACCUAUCUUAAUAGACUUAAAGCUAGUGAGUCAGAACAGGAUGUUCAGAGUAUUUUGCGAGUAUUCAAAGACUUCCUAGGAGCGGCUGCGGAGGAAAAUUUGCAGCAGUGCGAAAAGACGAUUGUAAUUGUCGACAUCAAGCGUGCCACGAGCGAUCAAUCUUUUCGACAGCACUAUCUAGAUGCGCACCGUAGGCGACACCAUGGUAGUGUCAUACUUGUGGCUACAAGAUCUGAUGAAAUGAAUGAUGAUGGUGGUAGUACGAUGCAACUGGAUGUCAUAGCAGAAGAACAGCUUGCCCCGGUCGAGAAAAAGCUGGAUGAACUCACAGGUGAGGUUCAGAUCAUCGAACAAGACAUCGAGACUAAUAAAAACAAUAUUAAGCACAUCAGAAGCAUUGGCAAUGAAAGCUCCGUCACCGAAGAUGAUCGCUCGAAGGAGAUCUUGCGCGCCAGCAAUAAGAACCUAGGUACACGCAAAAAAGAAUUGAAGAAGUGCAUUGUCUCCUUGGAAAAGGAACGCAAAGACAUUCGAAUUGCUUGCCGUAACAGGGUUGUUGCUACGGGUCUGAACCAGAUGUACAGUCAAAACACUGGCGACGAUGCGGGCGCUGCAUCUUUUUGCGUUUCUAAUCGUAUGUACAUGCGAUACCGCCGAGGAUACAACACCGCGAACCCUGACAAGGUUCCAUCUAUGAAGUUGAAGGAUACGCAAAUACUAGCGCUCUUUAAUCAUAUUGCUGGACAGCCUUCCCAAGGAAAAGUCGCCGUUCUCGAAAACAUAAGCUGUAGCAAGAGUACAGAAGCUCGAGUAGAGUAUAUAACCAUGAUUCUGAACCAGACCAUCAAGGAUAUUGAGUUAAAAAUUGAUAAAGUAGAAAAAAGAUGCCACAAUAAGUUCUUGACAGAACUUUUGGCCGGCCUUUCAAAACAGGAGCUGCAGGACAAGUUUGAUAGUAAGGCUAAGAAGAAGCUUAAGGAGCUUGAGAAGAUGCAUCAGAAGAAGCUGGGUAUCAAACACGACGUGAAUGCUGCACUGCUAUCAUUUGUCGCAUCCGAUAUCGAUAGUCGCUUUCGACAAACAAUCGAAGGUGGACCUUCGUCGUUCAAAGCUCACGCUGCACAUACUAUCAAGACAAGCUUUCGUGAACUGAAUAAGCUAUUGAAAGAUGAUCCACAGGCUCUAAUGGGAGAUGCGUACCAGACCUGCUUCGGGAACAAUGUCGUUGAUCAUGAAAAAAACAUUACACUCACGGUCGAAGUCGCCACAACGAAGCUUCGCCAAGGCCUCAUCGAAGUAUUUGGUAAAGCCAUCAAGCCUACCGAAAAAGGAUACAUGCACGAAUCGAUGGCGUCUGUCUACAAAGAGGCCGAGUUGCAAAAACCCGGAAAACGCCAAAAGCUCAUGGAGAUCCGCCAUGCAUAUCUCAAAGAGAAAACCCUUGGCCUCCAAGGAGUUUUUCCUGCUAUUAAGGAAUGGAUCAAGGAAGACGUGGAAAAACUCAUCAGCAAUACUUGCAAGGAGUUCCGCAAAGAAGUGGUCGGUAUUCUCGAAACUAUUCGGGAUGCUUUUCAGCGACAGAAGCAUAGCAAAGAGCAUGAUACGCCAGAAGGCCAGCGUUUCCGCAAGGAGCUGCAUGAGUUGUUCGCUGAGGCGUCGAGGAUCUUGAAGGGUCCUGUGGUCGAGAGUUUGGAAAGGUGCAAGGAGUACAAGUAA